AUGUAGCAAUCUCAAUUACUCACAUUUGAUGUAUUCCGAGGCAUUUCCCAAUACUUGUCAAUCAAGGAUUUGCUAAAUUUGCAGUCCGUUUCAAUGCAAAUGAAGGAUAACGUGCAAUUAGCACUUAAAGCACUCUUAGCAAGCAUUGGAUUCAAUAAUCCAAACACAACUACCCCAUACAAUAUAAUCUUUCGUACCAUCUUUGGAAGAGAGACUUAUUUCUGGUCAUUUGAUGAAAGUGUCAAGCCAUUCAAAAGAAGACACAUUCUAGGAAUGCCAGUAAAAUCAAUUCAAAUAGGACUAACCUAUACUGGUAUACUUACGAUUCAAAAUCGAAUGUACAUUUGCUUGUCACAGGAGUAUCAAGAAGUCAUCAAUCAGAAACCUAAGUUUAUUAUUAAGUAAGAUAUUUAAAUGCAUAUUUUUAAAAGAUUUUAAGUGAAACAAUACUCAGCAGCCAGCAAAGGAAAAUUCAUCUAUUUGAAAGAGAAUGGAGACCUAAUUGUUAUGUUCGAUAAUCAAGAAGAAUAUUUGAUUUCUAAAAAUGUGGAGCAUUUUGAAACUUCUUAUUAUUAACUAGUUGCCAUCUUCACCAAUCCCUAAAAAAUACCCUAAUUACCCUCUGAAUAAACUAGAGCCAUUCUGUAUCAAUUGUAAGAUCUAACACCUCAUAAUUGUGAUCAAGCACAAAAAUACAAACAAAUUAUCUUACCAGAUAAUGAAAUAAUUACCUAAGUAGCCAUUGGAAGCAGUGCAAUUUAUUAUUUGACAAAAACAUAAAAAGUAUAUUCUUCAGACACUAAGAAUGAAUAAGUAAUUGACCCCAUUAUUAAAACUGUCCAUCAAAAUUAUUUUGACAAACGGUCUAUCAUUUCUAUUUAUAGUGGUCUGAACUAUUUCCUUGCACUCUCAAGAGAGAGUAUUAAAUCAAUCAAGGAAUGGACUAAUGAAGAACUCCAAGUAUGGCUAGCUAAAAUUGGUUUUUCCGAUUAUGUCAAUAUUGUAAAGUACAAUGAAUUUACAGGAUUGGAAUUUUCAAAGUAAGCUGUUCUUUAAGAUUUCUAAAUAAACACUCUUGGACUCACUAAUGCUGAAUUAUAGAUUAAAUUAAGCACUGAAAUUACCAGAUCCAUGGAAUUAUAAUAUAAAGAUUAUUAACUAUUUGGAUGGGGUAAGAAUGACUAUGGACAAUUGGCAGCUCCUCUAUCUAACAACGUUCAAUUUACAAAAGUAGCCUUACCUAAUUUGGAUGAAGACGAUGAAAUUAUCUAGAUUGAAUGUGGAUGGAAGAAUGUAGCUAUCUUAACACAUUCAGGCAAGCUCUAUUUGACUGAAAAUCAAUAAAAACAAAUCAAAAGAGAAAAAGAUAUCUAAUAAUAAUAACAACAACAAUAAUAAUAGGAUGAGGGAGGAAAGAAAAGAAAGAAAAGUAGACAAGAACCAAAGGACAUUAAAGAUCAGAAAGAAUAAAAAGAACCAGAACAAUAGCUAUAAUAAUAAUAGUAAUCCAAGUAUUGGAGUGACAUUUCCAAAAUCUUUAUCAAAUCUAAUGAUAAGAGAGAAUACAGACACUAUUAUGUGAAUCUAAGCAAAGAUUACUUAGUUGUUGUUUGCUCUAUUUUUGAUAAAAAGACUAUGCUCAACUAUUUCCCAGAGAUGUUAGAGCAAAAGGAAAUGCAAAAGAAAUUCAAGCCCACUCUUUAAGUCAUCGAUAGAAUUCUUUGGGAUACCAAAUUUAAUAAAGAGGACUUUAUUGUUGGGUAUGAAGAUAGGUUCUUAGGAAUUAUGGAAGUUCCGUUUACAGACUUUAUAAUCAGUUAGGUUAAAAGUCAUAGAGUUCAAUAUUUUAAAUAAAAAGGUAAGAUUGUAUGGGAUAGACCUCGCAGACUUGACUUAUUAUGAGUUAUUUUAAACAUACAUUAAGUUAAUUUAUAUAU